AUGCGGUUGACACAACCUAUUAGAACUUUCACUUUAGGUUUUUAAUUAAUUAAUUUAAUUUAAAUACACAUAAUGGUCCAAAAGCAAAGUGGAACUGAUAAAUCAUCAAAAGUUCAUAGCGUUAGUUUUUCAGAACUCAUCAAAUUAGGUUUCAGUAAAAAUGCAGAAUGGCCUGACGAUGAAAUUUUUCUCGAUUGGAUUUAUUGGAGUCGUCAAGUCGUUGGAUUGCUCUUUGGAUUAAUUUGGGGCCUCAUACCAUUGACUGGUUUCAUCGGACUUGCAUUAUUCGGAAUUUGCUCUUGUGGUUACGUUUAUUUGUACUGUUCAGCUUUUGGUGUCGACGACGAAGCAUAUGGUGGCAUCUAUGAAAUCAUAAAAGAAGGAUUUAUGACAAACUUUGCUAGUUUCCUUGUAGCAUGGAUCAUUACUUACUCUUCGGUACAUUGGGACGAACUGCUAGUCGAGAGAUUAUAAAAAAUCAUAAAAUUACUCAAUCAUUGAUUCAUUAUUCGAUAAAAACAAAAAGACAAAUAAAAACUCAUGUUGAGCAAUGAAAAUAUAAAAAAAAAUCCU